AUUACACGAUGGUUUGUAUUUAGAUAUAAAAAUAGCUGUGCAAUUCAUAAAGAUUUGUAUUCUGGUGGCUCCUUUUGUUAGGUACUAUUUUUUUUUUUUUUUUUUUUUUUUGACGAACAAUAGCUCCGGAAAUGAUGUAUCUUGCGAAAAUCGCGAAUCUUUUUUUUUCCUUCUAAUGACCGAUGAUCUCUCUGGAACACCUGUAUUAUCCCGUCUUGGGUCAUACGAACCCCCCGGGGUGACCGAAUGAUGGCCAUUUUUCUCACCCCGGCUGUCCCAUUAAGGCGAAGGAUGGAAUGAGGCCAUGUCGACGGUCAUAAAUAACACGACAUAACUCAGCCCAGUGCUUAAUGGAAGACAAUUUAAAGAGUUGUACGGUUGUCUCCGAACAAAAGGAAAACGUCUGUCAUUAUCACCGAAUUUGUAACAUGUGUUAAGUUUCAAUGCUGGCGAAAAAAUGCUUCAUGUCCGAGUUGAUAUUUGUUUUGAAAAAUCUUCAGAAAUGUCAUACUUGUUCAAUGUAUUGCUGAAUUCAAAUGGAAAAUGAUGCAUCAAUUGAGUUUGUUGUAUUUUUUAAACGUUAAACGCGAGCUGACUUGUAUUCUAAUUUUGCAAUAUGCCGUGCUGGUGUUCUCAAAAUUAAACUGUACGAAAACGGAACAAGGUUCGUACCCAUUCUUCGCGAUGAUUGAACACUUCGGCUAUCAUAUUUGCGCAGGAUCGGUCGUCAACGAUCGCAGCGUCCUCUCUCUGUCUUCGUGCUUAGACCAGCACAGGAAAGCGGAAGAAUUGAAAGUCGUGUUCGGCGGUGGGUUGUGGCCGAAAGAAGGACGAGGAAUAAACAGAACGCGUUUCGUCCAAAAAGUCCAUUUGAACAUAAACUACCUCGCCGCUAAAAAAAGGGGGAAAGUUAGCGAAGAAUUCUCAAUGAUAGAGAUAAAAGAGACCGAACAUCCCAUAAUUCCGAUGAAGAUCAGCUCCCUCAGGCCUGCAAUUAUCCAGCAAUUUAUUUCAGGCAUUAUCACAAAGCAGACGUCGUGUUUCAGCCUGGGCUACGGUUUACACGAAAAAUCCACCUCGUAUGACAGAUACUUCGGACAGAUUGAUCUCAGAGCUGUAGAGUACAAGUUGUCCAGCUUAAGGAAGUUCGUGCCUUUUUCAAAUGACUAUUGUUACCAAGAGCCGGGAUCUUUGAAGAUUUUUCCGGACUAUGGCGCUCCUAUCUUCUGCAACGACACCGUAAUCGGACUUUAUUACAGGACACGAAUGAAAGAACCUGCCAUCAAAGUCUUAGACGAAGGGAUAUUCUCCGAUGAAUACUUUAUAGGUGCAGUUAUGGAUAUAGAUUAUAUGCCGCGAAUCGUGGUCCCGCCCGAGCCGAUGUUGAAUCUAACGUCAAACGCGACAUUAACACUGCCAUCAAUAUACGCGUAUUAUUUUUUCUUCAUCUAUUCCAUUGCACAUAAUAAAUUUGGUAAACAUUUGCUGUAAAUGAUUCUUUGUACUGUUAUAAACAUAUGUUUUUCUUUACUUCAUUCUUGCCUUAAAUUUAACAUGUAAUUAACUAGUAAUAUUUAAGUACUUUUUCUUCUUCUUUUGAUAAAUUUCAACUUAAAAAGUUGCACAUGGUUGCAGGCUUAUUGCGAUUAUAGGACUUAAACAUGAAAUAUUUUUGAAGACUUUGCCUAAUGGCAGGCCACGAACUUGCGUCAGACGGAUUCUGUAGGUUUGAAUAGAUUAUAAUCCUGACGUUUGAUUAGAGACUUUCCGGAAGGGGUAAGUCAAUCGAAAAGACGGCUAUUUUAAAACUAGUCUAGCUAUCAAUUCCGUCACAACAGUUCAGGAUUAAAAAUUAGACAAGUCUUGUAAUAAAGAUGUUUAAAGCAUUAAUGAUUAAUGUAAAUAGUUACUUAAUACUGGAAAAAUUUUAACCACGUUUAGCCGGAACACUGGAUUUAAGACUGGACCCACGACCAACGCAGCACUAUUUCUAGUGGAAAUAUUUCUACUGCUUUUAUACAAUUCUUUUUCCAAGAUUGCAUUGUUGGUUGUUUGUUCUUCAGGCCGUCCAAACCUGACCAAUUUUAGUACAAAGGCCAUACCCAGCUGAUAAAUUCUGAAAGGUUCAUUCUUAACCAGGUCUGGGUGGAUUUCGCAUGUGUCCUAUAGUUGAAUCUUGUUGGAAUAUCCAGUGUUCUCCUUUAAAACUGGAAUUAGUUAUGGAAGAUACCACUUUUUCAGGGAAUACAAUGGUGGAGAUUUAAGGAAACACUAGGUAACGAUAAGUUGAAGCUGCUGAAUUGCAAACCUAAACUAGAAUUAGGUAUGGAAAAUAAAGUUACUGUCUGCUGGGCUUCAAGACAAGAAACGGACGCCUUAGCAAGGAAGGGGGCUGCUAUACCGCUGAUCGGUCCUAAGCCUUCUGUGGCAUAAGGUUUCAUACAUAAUUGUCUCAUUGGAGAGAAACACUCCAAGAACCUUCUAGCACGUUUUGGAAGGAAAGAAGACACUGAAUACAUUACUAAAAGCGGGGAAAAACUUCGAAUCCCAAUAGUAUCCUUAACAGGACUAAACAGGGGCAUUGAAAGAAGAAUGAUAUAAUCCAACAUGGCACGCCCAUAUUCUACUAGGAAGCAGAAGGGACACCAACACACCAACUACAAUACUGUGGCGCUACAAUGGUCCGAAGGAGGAAGUGUAGUUUAAGUUUGGAUUUGGUUUCGUAUAGGCUCAAAUCCGCACAUGUACACUAGUAUACAAACACGUGCCGAGUUGAGCCUGUUGGCUUCUUGAAGUCCACCUGCAAUUCCAGCUUUUCCUAUUUACAGUAAACUGCCGGUAGGCUGGAGAAUACCCACCCCGAGUGUUGGUAGUCCGGGGGCAGACAUCAGUCUUAUAUGUCCAGGCAACGAGGUUGGGCACUGAGGAGGUAGGUGCCAAUGUCACGUUCAUUAUUAAAUACAUUCACAACUAUGUACAUACCAUUCGUUUAAUUAGGGUGAUGGGGUACUCGAUAUUCCGCCAUCGACCCUCUCACAUCAAACAUUCACGCUAAUAAAUACUUUCAAAACAACCUUUACACGUACAUACGACUAACCUAAUUGAGGGUCAAUGAGGUACAAGAUAUUCCCCAUCAACCAUCCCACUUCACAAAUUCAUGCUCACAGAUAGCCAACAUCGGCCAUUAUUUUGGAUUUUUCGAAAGGAUCCGUUUGAAUGUUUUUAGUAAGGGAAAACCUCGGAGACGCCUGCAGCACCUUUUGAUCUGCGAGGCGGAUUCCGUUCUACGGAUUCCGCUAUUCACUUCCACAACUAACCCCUCGGCUGUAGGUUUUUGUUGACGAGGGAUGCAGAUAACGCCCACCUCUUUGGGAAAUCGUUAACAUUCUGUAUGUUAAACAGCCUUUGGAUCGGCACAAUUACACACACCGCGAUUUCCAUGCUGUGCUAGUAUGAAACGUAGUGGACGAGGAAGGAAAAAGACCCGCGUAUUACACCAUGGAAACGUGAGAAAAGCCAAGAAAUUGAACGAAAGCAAAGAUGUCAUUCGGCGAGUUUCGGAUUUCAGUAUGAAAGAAAUCAUGAUUCACCAUAUCGAUAUACAAGAAAAAAUCUUCAAAUCUAAAAUUCCCGUCAGUUUCAGCACUUCAUUAAAAUAACAGUCAAAAUAUAUGUUUUGUGAUGCAACAGUCAUCCACGAAAUAGAAAUAAAUGAUAAAGUAUCCGAAAAGAAUGAAAAUGAUUAUUAUACUCAUGUAACAAGGAUCACU